AAAACAGUGAGACAUCCGUCGUCACUUUACGGUCCCUUUGACUUUGAAAAGAGACGGUGUGUUUUCUGAGUAAAAAAGGCCAAAAAAAAAACAAUACAGAUGAUAUUUUUAUACAUCUUUUUGGUGCCAGUGAUCCUAUCCUGCAGUGGCCAUGGUUAUCGGAUCAACAGAACCGAAGAGGGAUAUCCCGUUUCAUUUUUGUCAGACUGUCCCGGUUCAAUGAAACCCACAGAAAUCGCUGAUAAUUUUAAACACAACAUUGAGAUAUACGUGUUUGGGUAUUACGCCCCACUUGGUGAAGGGCGGACCCGCAAAUACACGUACAACCAGGUGAAAGGGUUAGCGAAAGACCCUACGAUAGACUGGAACAGAAAAACGAUAUUGUACGUGCCUGGAUGGUUUGACAACAUCAAGAAUUUACCUAUAGCUUACGUCAUGAGGAAACUGUACAAACAAAUGGGAUAUAAUGUGUUGAUACUUGAAAUUAUUAAUUUCAUGACACAAGAAUGGCCCAUCGCAGCUCGUGCCAUGAUGGGUGUGGGCGAUCAGGUGGGUGAGAUGUUGGCCCGGCUGAAACGACACCAGCCUAAGUUUGAUCCUAAGAAGUUAGAGAUAACUGGCAUCAGUCUUGGAGGGCAAACUAUGGGCUUCAUUGCAAAGAGCUACUACAAUCGUACAGGUGUCAAAAUUUCAAGACUUACAGGAAUGGACUGUGCCGGUCCCUGCUUCAGAAACCGAGGACCUGAAGGCAGGGUUGACGAGAGUGACGCUGACUUCGUGGACUUGAUCCUAACAAACAUAGACACAUACGGAAUGGCUGCUCCAGUUGGCCACGUCAACAUUUACGUCAACGGUGGAGAAUACCAACCAGGAGAUGGAUAUUGGAUGUCAUGUGGUCCAUUCUGCAGUCAUUCUCGAAGUGUUCCCUUACAAAUGCUUUCUUUAUUAUAUCCAGAUUCAUUUAUAGCUAUAAAAUGCGACUCCGUUCAAGAUGCAAGAGACGGUAAUUGCUAUGAUAGGAAACCAAUGGAAACUAUAACUUUAGGACCGAAAAUGGAUAGAAACGCUAGAGGUAUAUAUUAUUUAGCUACAUCCAGCCAACUCCCUUAUUACAUGGGUGAAAGAGGAUUGAAAAAAGAAAAUGAUUUCGUUUUGAAAAAGUUGACUGCAAUGAACAAGGAUCUUUUGACAUAUUGAAACUAGGGAAUAAACUUCAUUAUAUGUUUAAAUCGAAAUAUUAAAUCCUUACGUAACCAUUACGGUAUAUAACGUUAUAUUUCUGUAUUAGAACAUAAAAUGUCAGCUUCUAAAACAAAUGGUUCUAUUAUGUUUUCAUUAGAUAAAAGUUUGUAUGUUGUCAAAUUCAAAUGCAUUGAUAAAUUAAAUGUAAACUAGGCCAUAUUUUUUUUACACGUAACACGCAGAUAUAAGAAAGUAAUGUUCUUAUAUCUGUGAUGUAACCAUUUAAAUAGUAAAUCCUUACACACAUACGAGUAGCAUAGUUAACAAAAAAUCUUUAAUGUGAGAACUGUUAUGACGAUUGGCUGUUGCGAUAAGUAUUAUGUGCAAUCUGAAGGCCUACUACGAAACUAUAACUACGUAGCACGUUAUUCCCUCUCUUUUUCCCAUAUAGUGAACGCAUCGUAUAAAAAAAGAACAUGUGGACGCAAUGACGUGUUUCAUGUUCCGUGGUAGACACCAUGACAGCGUUUAAUCACGCCGCGAGCGCAAUCUUGUGGACAAUCAAAAAUCCUUCACCCCAUAGCUCAAGAGAACUCAGAACAUCAAAUUCCCAGAAGCUCUGAAUGAGUACGUCUGGCUGGCUGUCCGCCAGUGCUGACUAGGGCGCCGGGCGCUCGGCUGCCAGAUGAAUUGUCAAAAUUUAUGAAAAAUAAUACAAAAUGUUUGAAUUGUAUCUUUUAAGAUUACUUUUAUACAAUAAUGUAGUAUAGGUAGAUAUAUUUAGGAAUUUAUUUAUAUGUGAAAAAUUAAAAACCAUAACAACAACCAUUUUAUUGAAUUCCUGGCAAAAAAUUAUGCCCGUGCUAUAAAUCUUUGAGGAGUACCCUCGUUCGGAGCCGUUCCUGAAUGUACUAUUAGGUCAUAUUUAUCAUAAUAAUGUGUCGUCAUGAAGACUGAAGCGAAAAUUUCAGCUCCGUAGUUCAAGUAUGUGAAAUUUUACUCGCAAGAUUAGAUUAUAGACAAACAUCAAGACAAGAAACUCAAUAAAAGCAUGUAAAAAUACAAGACACAGGUGAUGAUAACAAUAGCAGAAAAGAUUUAACUGAGAGUUUAAAGGAUUAAUGUGAUGUAUCCAACACAGAAACUCCUGUUAAUGAAGAUAUUCCAACUAUCCAAAAGAAAACCCGACAUACAAUGUGCGUGAUCUCAAUCCUAUGUAACAGCCCCUUGACAAUUGUUUGUUUUGGCGAUCGUCGACACUCUGAUUCGGAGUUUUAAUCGGAUUAUAAUGAAAGCCAUCUCCAUCUGUCAACAGAUGACGAUUUUUCAUACCAUAUGUUCGGGCGUAUCGAAUCUGGCUAUUUGGCUGUCUCUUUCAUCGGUCCGACCAAAAAAUUCUUGGGGAUACUGUCGUACCCAUAAUUCUUGGGCUUAGCAUCACGCAGGGAGGGACAGUUUCCCCCAAAGAAUGUCAUUACUGUACGUCCAGAUUUUACGAGAUCGGAUAGGACGUUACACGCAAUAAAAAUUGAGCAAUUAAUAUUAAUAAAGAAAGUAACUGUUCGCGCAAUGAUAUGGGUAAAAAAGAGAGGGCAGAUAGACCUUGGUACCAUGCUACGUGUUCUAUGUUUCGUGGCAUUUUGUAAAUUUCAUCGUUCGGUGUACAUACAAGGUACUUAUUUAUUGUAUAUAUUUUAUCUAUAUGCAAUAAAGGUUUGCAAACAACCAAA